UUUUAAUUAAAAAUUAAAAAAAGAAAUUUCACAUUCACAUUCCUUUUUCUUUACCUUCCCACUCUUGCAGGAUGUCAGUUUCUUCUUCGAUUUGGUGAUCUGCUCCUCGGCCGUGUUGGUUGCGAUCUUUCCCUGUAAUGGGUACUCCGAAUUCUUGAGUUUGAUAGCGAUUAAGACCAAGAAAAGGGGUUUUCAUGGCAAUUUGGAGAUGGGUUUGUCUCAGAAGUUGAGGAAGAGGCGCGGUUUUAGGGGUUGGAUGAUUAUGAAUUGUUUGUGUUUAUGUUAGUUUGGGUCUGUAAUUGGGUUUGUUCUACUGGGGUUUCUUUCUUUGUUGUUGUUUUUGGUUAUUUUCAUUUGAUUAUGGGUGGGUGUUUUCCUUGUUUUGGAUCCUCCGAUGAAGACGGUAAUGGCGUGAAGGAUGCUACUAAAAAGGAUUCAGCUAAGGAUGGCUCUGCUGCUCAGUCUCACCAUGUUACCAGAGUGAGCUCAGAUAAAUCGAAGUCGAAGAGUGUAUCCGAUGCUAAGAAGGAACCAACGGUUCAAAAGGAUGGAACAACAGCACAUAUUGCAGCCCAAACGUUUACAUUUCGGGAGCUCGCUACAGCCACGAAGAACUUCAGAUCUGAAUGCUUGCUGGGAGAAGGGGGGUUCGGAAGGGUUUACAAGGGUCGCUUGGAGAGCACGGGACAGGUAGUGGCUGUGAAGCAGCUCGACCGUAACGGUCUUCAAGGAAAUCGGGAGUUUUUGGUGGAGGUUCUCAUGCUUAGCCUGUUACAUCACCCGAAUCUUGUUAACUUGAUAGGCUAUUGUGCUGAUGGGGAUCAACGUCUUCUUGUUUACGAGUUCAUGCCAUUGGGUUCGUUGGAAGAUCAUUUGCACGAUCUUCCACCUGAUAAGGAGCCCUUGGAUUGGAAUAUUAGAAUGAAGAUUGCAGCUGGUGCUGCAAAAGGAUUGGAGUAUUUGCACGACAAAGCAAACCCGCCUGUUAUAUAUCGAGACUUGAAGUCGUCUAAUAUUCUUCUCGACGAGGGCUACCACCCGAAGCUGUCAGAUUUCGGUCUAGCAAAACUCGGUCCAGUUGGUGAUAAGACUCACGUCUCGACGAGAGUGAUGGGAACAUAUGGUUAUUGUGCUCCAGAGUAUGCUAUGACUGGUCAGCUCACUCUCAAAUCAGAUGUAUAUAGUUUCGGAGUCGUCUUUCUAGAACUCAUCACAGGGCGUAAGGCGAUCGAUAAUACUAGAGGUCCGGGGGAGCAUAAUCUCGUGGCAUGGGCUCGACCACUUUUUAAAGAUCGUCGAAAGUUCCCGAAGAUGGCCGAUCCACUGCUGCAAGGUCGUUAUCCCAUGCGGGGACUUUAUCAGGCAUUGGCCGUUGCAGCAAUGUGCUUGCAGGAACAGGCUGCAACAAGACCUCUAAUUGGGGACGUUGUUACUGCUUUGACAUAUUUAGCGUCCCAAGCUUAUGAUCCAAAUGCAGCUGCUUCACAAAGCAAUCGAAUGGGUGGAUCGACUCCACGAGCUCGAGAUGAUCGACGAGGUUUAUCUGAUGGAUUGGAUAGUCCGGACGAGCGUGGACGAGGACGUGGAUCCCCAUCGAACUACAGAAACUCACCGGACUACCGAAGGAAAGACCUCCAUAGGGAAUUGAGCUGUGGAGGUACAGAGGUGAACAAAAUCGACACGGGAGGCGGAUCCGGUCGAAAAUGGGGAUUGGAUGAGCUGGAACGACAAGAAUCUCUCCGAGACAGUCCUGUAUAUACGGGGAGAGGUAGGGAAACGCCGAGGAACCGUGACCUGAACAGAGAACGUGCAGUGGCUGAAGCAAAAGUGUGGGGCGAAAACUGGAGAGAGCGGAAGCGGGCAAACGCUGAAGGGAGCUUUGAUGGUUCACAGGAAUGAAAGAGAAGAAGGUCCAAGUUUGUUGGUGACAUUUUGGUUGAUCUUUUGAGGAGUAGAGGAAGGAAAGGAAAAGAGUGAGAUUACAAAACUACUAGAGGUAUCAUCAUCUAUGUUCCAUUUGCAAAGCCCAUCCCACAAAGUAUUUUCUUUUUAUAGUAUCAAUUGCAUCCAAGUUUAAGUAUUGUUGCUGCUGCUGCUGCUGGUUCUUCCUUCUAUGGUGAGGUCGAAAGAGGGACAAUGUAAUCGAGACGAGGUGUCGAGCAUAGGUCGGUUGGUUGGUCGGUUGGUUCGUGGUUGAACCGUGUAAUUUUGGAGGUGUCUAAAAUUUCAUGGUGAAAAAAGUAGUGAGUUUGGUGUGGGGUUUUUCCAUUGUUACUUAUGGCUGCUGCUAUUAGUUCAGUUCUUUGUUCCUAGUCUUACAAAUCCCUUUCAUAUAUGGAUUCUCUCCGAGUAUCAAUUGGUUAUGCUUUCGGCUUAUACACAAAGCUUUGUUGUUACUUA